AUGGCAAACAACUCUUACACCAAUUAUCUAGAUUCUACAAAUACACUUUUCCCACAACAACGUCGAGUUAAUCUACAAGGCCCGAGAACUCAUACCUCUCAUCGUGUCCCGAGUUUUCUUGCUCCUAGUACCAGAAAGGGAAAGAUGGCUUUCACGGGUUCUAUUCUGAUCGAUGAGGAGGGAGUUUCCUAUUGCCCGAUUUCUUCCUAUGCCUAUGAUCCCAUUAGAGAGAAGAAGUUGGAGCUCGCAGAACAAGAUAUCAAAUCACUAAAGGAGGAAAAUCGCAUUAUAAAGAAAGACUCCAACAGCUUCAAUGAAAUGUUUACGAUACUCGGCGCUACGAAUCCAACGAUUGCAGAGAAGAUGCGGAAGAAGAGGGAAACAACAACGACAAGAGGAGAAGGAACAUCCGGAAUAUCUAACUAUUUUGUUUCGAGAUUAUUUGAUAUGAACUCGCAUUAG